UCCGCCCGGCCGGGGCCGCCGCUGCCGCCAGCCGAGGACUGAAUGAAUGAGCCGGAGCGGUGGAGCCGGGCUGCCCCCGGCCGCGCUCACCGGCCCGGGACGCUUCCGCAUGGCCCGCGAGGAGCCGGCGCCGGCGGCGGUGGCGGCGGCCGGGCAGCCCGGGAGCGGCAGGGGCGGCGCGCGCGAGCGGGCGCUGCAGGGGCCAGGGGUCGCCCGCAGGGGGCGGCCGUCGCUGAGCCGCACUAAACUGCACGGGCUGCGGCACAUGUGCGCCGGGCGCGCGGCGGCGGGGGGCUCCUUCCAGCGGCGGGCGCUGUGGGUGCUGGCCUUCUGCACGUCCCUCGGCUUGCUGCUGUCCUGGUCCUCGAACCGCCUGCUCUACUGGCUCAGCUUCCCGUCGCACACGCGGGUGCACCGCGAGUGGAGCCGCCAGCUGCCCUUCCCCGCCGUCACCGUGUGCAACAACAACCCGCUGCGCUUCCCGCGCCUCUCCAAGGGGGACCUCUACUACGCCGGCCACUGGCUGGGGCUGCUGCUGCCCAACCGCACGGCGCGCCCGCUGGUCAGCGAGCUGCUGAGGGGCGACGAGCCGCGCCGCCAGUGGUUCCGCAAGCUGGCCGACUUCCGCCUCUUCCUGCCGCCGCGCCACUUCGAGGGCAUCAGCGCCGCCUUCAUGGACCGCCUAGGCCACCAGCUGGAGGACAUGCUGCUCUCCUGCAAGUACCGGGGCGAGCUCUGCGGCCCGCACAACUUCUCCUCCGUGUUUACAAAAUAUGGGAAGUGUUACAUGUUUAACUCAGGCGAGGAUGGCAAACCUCUGCUCACCACGGUCAAGGGGGGGACAGGCAACGGGCUGGAGAUCAUGCUGGACAUUCAGCAAGAUGAGUACCUGCCCAUCUGGGGAGAGACAGAGGAAACGACGUUUGAAGCAGGAGUGAAAGUUCAGAUCCACAGUCAGUCUGAGCCGCCUUUCAUCCAAGAGCUGGGCUUUGGGGUGGCACCAGGGUUCCAGACUUUCGUGGCCACGCAGGAGCAGAGGCUCACAUACCUGCCGCCUCCGUGGGGCGAGUGCCGAUCCUCAGAGAUGGGACUCGACUUCUUUCCUGUUUACAGCAUCACCGCCUGUAGGAUCGACUGUGAGACCCGCUACAUCGUGGAGAAUUGCAACUGCCGCAUGGUCCACAUGCCAGGGGACGCCCCUUUCUGUACCCCCGAGCAGCACAAGGAGUGUGCAGAGCCUGCGCUCGGUCUGCUGGCGGAAAAGGACAGCAGUUACUGUCUCUGCAGGACACCCUGCAACCUGACCCGCUACAACAAAGAGCUCUCCAUGGUGAAGAUCCCCAGCAAGACGUCAGCCAAGUACCUCGAGAAGAAGUUUAACAAAUCAGAAAAAUAUAUCUCAGAGAACAUCCUCGUUCUGGAUAUAUUUUUUGAAGCUCUCAAUUACGAGACAAUUGAACAAAAGAAGGCGUAUGAAGUUGCUGCCUUACUUGGUGACAUUGGUGGCCAGAUGGGGUUGUUCAUUGGUGCUAGUAUCCUCACAAUACUAGAGCUCUUUGAUUACAUUUAUGAGCUGAUCAAAGAGAAACUAUUAGACCUGCUGGGCAAAGAAGAGGACGAAGGGAGCCACGACGAGAACGUGAGCACCUGUGAGACGAUGCCAAACCACUCUGAAACCAUCAGCCACACUGUGACUGUGCCCCUGCAGACGGCCCUGGGGACCUUGGAGGAGAUCGCCUGCUGACGGCCCUCGGAGCACCCGGCACCCCCAAGCAGACCCUGAGGCCCAAGACCCGGG